CAUCCUCAGAGCUAUUUACAGGCUUCAUAGAAUCCUGCUUCUCAGUGGGGCUCAAUCCAUCUUGGCUUAAUGGGUCUUUGCCAGGCUCUACGGGACUGCCACAAAAAACAUUUUGACCUGUUUUCUUUCUUCCUUCAACCAACACAUCUGUGAUGUUAAAAUUGCUGUCUUCAUUCAUAUUGCUAUCUGGUUCUUGCAAAACUUCGGUCAAUGCAUUUGUCAGUUCAUUCAAAUCACCAUUUUUGAAAUCCAGUGUUGGUGUUUUGCUUGCACCUGGUUUGUCUCCAAUAAAAACAAAUUCCUCGCUCGUGGCUAUGGAUUCGUUUGAUUUCACGCUCAGACUAUCCUCCAUAACUAUGAAAUGGAAUUUUAUUUGUAUUGACAGUUUUCAUGAGAAAAUUCCAAUCAUAUAUUGUUGCUUUUUCCUGUAUCAUGCAGACUUUGGAUUGUGUUCACUUGAAGUAUAGUAAAUUGAUACAGAAUGUAGUUUAUAAGAGCGGUGGAUAGUUUUUCUAUUUUAAAAUGUCACCUGGGAGGUAGGAGAAGUGGUUUGUAAAAAUUAUGAGCAACUCGCAAGACAAAAGAUUACUAUUACUUACUUGUGCUUUUUUCUAAUUUAAUACAGUUUAUGUGUCCAUGAAGCUCAUCUUCAUUCCUUUAUUAUGCUUUUUGCUGCUUCCGUAUUUGCCUUUUAUAAACAGUUUCGCAAUCAAAUGAAAAAUUGUUAAGAAAAUACUGCGUUGAUUUAUUUGACAAGUAGACAUUUACCAGUGUUUUGGAUAUUUGACAAUUCUCAUAUUUACCAAAUUAUCUAGACUCAUUUGAUAAUAUAGGAAUCUAUUUCAUAUUAUUGAUCAGUUUCAAAUUCUAUCCAAGAGAUGGCACUCUCUUGCAAAAGAUCCAUAAAAGUAUGAUGAACUGCGCACGCGUCAACGUAUUACCCAUCUCAAAAACAUCGAGCUGUCUAGCUUUUGUUUACGUUCAUCUUCUCGCUGUCUCGCGAUCGCAUCCUCCAUUUUUGUUGUCUAGCUGUGAUUCGAUUUCGUGAUUUCCCUAAAUGGAUGACCCAGGCAGAAUGAUGGGGCACACCGGGGGCGGGCUGAUGGCUCCGCAGCCCUACGGCAUGACCCCGCAAGGCGAGGCGCCGCCCGGUGGAGAGAAUGAGCCGCGAAAGCAGGACAUCGGUGAGAUCCUGCAACAGAUCAUGAACAUCACGGACCAGAGCCUGGAUGAAGCCCAGGCAAGGAAACACACCUUGAAUUGCCAUAGGAUGAAGCCGGCCUUAUUUUCGGUGUUGUGUGAGAUCAAGGAGAAAACUGUGCUGUCCCUGAGGAACACCCAGGAAGAGGAGCCCCCAGAUCCUCAGUUGAUGAGAUUGGACAACAUGUUGAUAGCUGAAGGUGUAGCAGGGCCUGAGAAGGGUGGGGGAGCUGGUGCAGCAGCUUCUGGAUCAGCUGCAGCCCAGGCUGGUCAACCUGAUAAUGCUAUUGAGCAUUCAGACUACAGGGCUAAAUUGGCACAGAUUAGGCAGAUCUAUCAUCAGGAGCUGGAGAAAUAUGAGCAAGCAUGCAAUGAAUUCACUACUCAUGUCAUGAACCUGCUGAGGGAGCAGAGUCGUACUCGGCCUAUUACACCAAAAGAAAUCGAAAGGAUGGUUCAGAUUAUUCACAAGAAAUUCAGCUCAAUCCAGAUGCAGUUGAAGCAGAGCACCUGUGAAGCUGUAAUGAUACUCCGAUCAAGGUUCCUAGAUGCCAGAAGGAAGAGGAGGAAUUUCAGCAAGCAGGCUUCGGAAAUUCUCAAUGAGUAUUUCUAUUCACACCUAUCUAAUCCCUAUCCCAGUGAAGAGGCUAAGGAGGAGCUAGCUAGGAAGUGUGGAAUCACAGUCAGUCAGGUAUCCAAUUGGUUCGGCAACAAGCGAAUUCGCUACAAGAGGAACACCGGCAAAGCGCAGGAAGAAGCGAAUCUGUACGCUGCCAAGAAGGCGGCAAGAGCAUCAGCCUCCCCAUAUGGAGACUAUAGUAGUGGCUCAGUGACGCCCAUGAUGCCAUCACCGGCACCGCCUCCGGAGCAGAUGGGUUACGGCGGGGGUGGGGGUUAUGACCCCAUGUAUGGCGCCAAACUGUCGCCUUGAAGUGCGGCGGUGUCGGAUCGGGGCGGUUUCGUUUUCAGGGAUUUAGGAUUAGGGUGGAUGAUGGUUAUAAAUGGAAAACAGGCUUUAGGUAUCGACUUUUUGGUUUGUUAUACAUGUUGUUACUGAUGGAGCCAUCCAGGUGGUAAGAGAUCAAUGAGCAGAACACUGAUGGAGGAAAGCUGGCAACCUCAUGAAUGAAUGAAUGAAUGAAUGAAUCUUGAAAUUAGAGGCAUUCCGGCCACCAUAAGGAGCCAGUGCAUAGGCCGCUUAAGCGGGCCCUUAUGCACCUCUACAUUCCUUAAUCACAAGCCUCGCCCUUUUAGCGAAGUUGAGAAUCGACUUGAGUCCAAGCUUUUUGACGUCCUGAGGGUCCAAAGUAAUGGACCCCAGUAUAUUCUGCCUAUAGUGGCUCAGAGCUCAGCGACACAAAAGUGCGCCGAGGUCUCUUCCUCUAUCCCGCAGCGUUCACACAAGGGAUCCUCAGCCACCCCCAUCACGUGCAGGUACUAAAUAUGUUUUGGAGCUUUACGAUAUUUUUCCAUCAUACUAGGAUCAUGUCAUGACGUAUAAUUUUGCCGAUGACGCAACACAGUAUCUUCCACCGAUAUGUCAACGGACUUUGCUCCUCAAAAGUCUCCUCCGUAAUGCCGGCGCCCGUUGAGGCUGUUAGAUGGACUCGCUAGGUUUCUGCCCCCCAGCCUAACCUUAGGUAUUUAACAUCUGGUCAACAAUAUGGCUUUAAGCUCUGUAUAAGCGUCACGGUGCCUCGGUAUUUCUUCUUAUGGUGGCUGCAUCAGUAUAUAAAAAACUCAGCAUGACAGGCAACGUCGGUACGAACGCGUUGGAUGACGGCGUCUCACAGACAAUAGGGCUAAAACGAAUGGAGGAAUGAUGGGUUGUUGGGAGAGAAGAAGGGAAGAUGAGGUUCAUUGGAUUUUUAAAAGUAUAGCAUUCACAUUUUAGAUAAUUAUAGCACAAAAACGAUACAGAAAACGAUUCAUUUCGAGAUUCCAUAUCCAUAGUUUUACGGUGGGACGAUCCUAUAUCCCGGUACCAAAAUGGAAGAGAGUAGCAUAACACAUCGUACAUCACUGCUAUUGAGACGUUUAUUUGAUUACAGCAAGAUCCGCGCGCACUGACUAUCCAGAUUCCAUUUUUUGUACCUGAUACGGUUUAGCGGGGAAAGAUUUUUUUGCUCCUAGCAUAGUAAAAUUGACUAAAAAUCUGCAAGAUUUUGAAAAAUGAAGUGUCUCAAGGCAACACGAAACAGGUAGGAUUUUCAUUUUUCUAUACUUGGCUUUUAAUAUUAUGAUAAACCAAAACUUCGUAUUCUAAACUGAUUUUCCAUUUAUGAUUGUAAUCAUCAAAUUAACAAUUAUAUGAUGUACAGUAUCACCAGAUGAUACAGUGAGGACAUUUGGGCGUGUUGGGUGGUGUUAAUAUCAAUAGAGAUCUGGCACACACACAAAUAUCGCAUACACGAACGUUCUUUUGAGAUUGCAAGUCGAUGAUUUAUAAGGUAAAUUAUUAUUAACGUUUACUUACGCAGUAUUUGUGCCUGCUAACAUUCUCUAGUACUUCGUAUCACGGGCGUUAUGAGUUGUUUCCUCCUGAGCUUUGCCGAUGUCUGCUGUAUGCAGAGUCAGGGUAUGUAAAAAUAUUGGUUUUGCAUGGGGUUUCCUAAAUAAACUAUCCAUUGCGCUAGCAACCUUAUAGCCGAACCAGUUGAUUAUCAAUAGUAAAUGAAUUUAUCUCACAUUGAUGUUGUCUUUCAGUAGAAAUGUUAUCAUAUUGACUUCUUCAAAUGUUGGGACGUUUAUAUUAAUUUCUGUAUACAGACUCCGAGUGUGUUGAAAAUAUUCGCUUUAUUUGAAAAUAGAGUAUUUUGCGGGCAUUUCAGCUAAAAACUAAAAGACUAGCAUUCAUAAUCUGAGUAUAUCGGAAUUUCAUUUUGCAGCAAGUAUAUAUACAGUGAAAUCCAUAUACCACUGACGGCGUAAUGUGUACGAGAGAGAAGCGUACAAUGCGUCUGUUAGAAAGAGAUAGAAACGCCACGUUGCCUAGAAACGGACGCAGCUGCGGCUUGCCGUGUUGCCAUCGGCGUACUCUUUCUAAAAUACGUAUUUCGCGCUUCUCUCUCAUACACAUUACGACGUCAGUGAUAUUUGGAUUUCUCUGUAUUCAGAGUGCAACUUCUGAAACAUAUCCAAUGAUUGUUUCUCUGAUUCAUCAGUCACUUACUAAUACCAAAGGGAAUCAGCACAAAUGACAAAUAAUAGAAUUUACUGACUUUUCGCCUUUCACGGCCUUUCAUAUAUGAUUUUAGCUUUUGCUCUGUUUUUAGAACAUUCUAUGGUUUGUGUUUUACUAAAUUUUACCUUCAAUAAAACUGAAAAAUAACAUUUUGCUAUCAAAUUUCGAUUCGUAUCUCUAGUAAUAGUCAUAAUUCUGUUCGAUUCAGGUAUGCAACUGGUUCGGAAACAAGCGCAUCCGCUACAAGAAGAACAUCGGCAAAACGCAGGAGGAGGCGAAUCUGUACGCUGCCAAGAAGGCGGCCAGGGCGUCGUUCUAUGGGGAGACAGCUACCCCUAUGAUGUCUCCUGCGCCCUCGCAGGACUCGAUGGGCUACAACAUGGCUGGGGGCUAUGAUCAGGGGGGAGGUUAUGAGCUGUCGCCUUAAGCGGGAGGCUCAGAGUGGUUAAUGAGAUGGUAGUUGCGCCUCAUAAUAUACAGGGUGUCCCAAUACUCCAUUGACAUAGAAGUGCCACGUAUUUUUAGAUUCAUAAUAAGCCGAUGGGAUGUGAUUUACUUCUAUGCAAAAGUGCUUCGUUUGCCCGUUAGAGGACUCCACCUCCUACAUAAAUUAUAGCAGAAUUGUUUGGCAUCUUUAUCGACGAUUCUGAAUCUUUUUAUUUAGCAGACUUUUUACUUACCUCAUUUUUUGUCUCCUAUAAAGGCAGGCCAGGCCAUCUCAGAUGUUUUUUGAGAAAAAAAAAUGAGUUACAUCAAGAGGUUCCAAGCAUCUUAUUCUUUUAGUGUAUUUAGCGAAAAUAAACAAGUAUGGUAUUACUUAUUACAGUUUUAUUUAAUACAAGCAAUAGUGCGAAUCUUUCAUAAGAGGUGUUAAUAUGACCACCAUUUUUUGUUCCUGUACAUACGUCGCAAAAAUGAUAGUUGACUUUCUUUAAGAUGUUAUUAUUCUUUAAUGUAUUUGCAGCAAUUUGGAUUCUGUCAAAUAGUUGAUUGGAGCUUUGUCAAUCUGAACCUCUUAUACCUUUGUUUUGCAAACGAAGAACGAAUAAUAAUUUCGCAACUCUGAAUUUCUUUUAUUUAAAAGAACCUUUUAUUCACUUCAUUUUUUAUCUCUUAUAAAAACGUUUUUUUUUGUAAGUUCCAAAAAUAUCUGAAAAAAUGUGUUUCAAAAUGAAAACUUUGGCACCCUCUACUGGACAAACGAAGCACUUUUACAUAGAGGUGUCAAACUGGUUCGGCAACAAACGUAUUCGGUACAAGAAAAACAUCGGCAAAGCGCAAGAGGAGGCGAACCUGUACGCGGCGAAGAAAGCUGCCGGCGCGUCGCCGUACAGCGGUACCGCCACGCCCAUGAUGUCCCCGGCACCGCCCCAGGACUCGAUGGGCUACAGUAUGGGCGGAGCGUACGACCAGGGCGGGGCUUACGAUGCCACUGGUUGUGGAGGGUACGACCCUAUGCACGCGCCUGAACUGUCGCCCUAAGCGGUUGCAGGGGUGUUUUUAGGUGUGGGGUGGUUCUUAGUGACGUCAAGAGGGUGCUGCUUUUAAUCUAGAGCGAUAUAGUUGUUAAUUUCAAGUAGUCCUCGGCAAGCAUCAAUUUGUAUGGUUCACUAUGGGCAAUGUGACUUCGCGGUUAUUGGAAUUGAACUGAACUUAUCAGUAAAAUGUACGAGUAUGACUACCAACAAUUAUUGUGUUUUUUACGCGUGUUCCUAAAGUUGUGACUUCGGCUUGAAAGUACCGCACUGUCAUAUGUUGUGUAUAAAUUCUGUCCACCGUUCUAUUAAAAAACAGAUUUAUUUACUGGACUGCCUCAGUUUACCUCGACGUUCCUUCAAACGGCGUUUGUAUGAGAUAAACAUACCUACGAUUAGCAAGAAUAAGGAUAUGAACAUAAAAACAAUAAACAAGCAACAACAAAGAAUAGCUAGAAUCUAAAACAGCUCAAGUUGGUCAAGUUGCACUUAAAGCAAACUGCAUUCAGUUGAUAAAGCUUUCCAGCAAAUAAGAUUAAUAAAUAAACAAUAUUAAAAUCUAUAUAUUUUUGUUAUACUCCAGCUACCACGAAGGCCUAAAGGCCUAAACACCCAUGGGGUAUCGUGGGGAUAUAGGUAUGGAUACAGUGGAAAAGGGGGGACGCCACACGGACUCUAGCGAGGAAACACGUGUGCAUGCAGCAUGCACAAAUUCUGGCAUCGCCUACGAGAUCCGUCGGGUGGUACCUGCGCGUAUGACAGUCGGAGACCGUCUACCACCUACGGACAAUCACAACAUCCAUAGCCAAGAGAAAAAUUUCUCGUGGGACGGGAUUCAAUCCCUCGGAGCGCACGGCCACCGCUGCUGCCUGAAUAAAAAAGACAAACAAUAAGUGCACUGUAAACUAAAAUCAAAUGGACAUUUUUUAUUGCUAAAGGACUUAAACUUAUUACCUGUUUUUCGAAUUCGAUUUAUAAACACCCCAGAUGGGUUUACCUACACAUCGCGUAGCGCCUGCAUUGCUUACUGGUCGUAUUUUUUUACCCAAUCAUCUUUAGCUGGAUAACCUGAUAUGUUGCAGUUUUCGGAAACUUAAUUCAUAAGACUUUGAUGUGUUACUAAGAAAUUCGGAUUAAUUUCAUAAAAACUAUACUUUGUGUAAAAUCACAAAUUUAGGAACACUGUAUUGUCAUGACUUGAGUUCACCGUGCAAUUGUGAUCUACUGCCGAUUAAAUAACGUUUUAUCAUUUUGUUUAUGGAAACACUUACUUUUUCCAUUUAUUUAAAAUUAAUCUGUUCCUUCAAAGUUUCUGUAAUCUUUUGGAAAAUCCAAAAUGCUUCGUGAGAUGGUGCCACCUCAUCUCUUUUCCGAGUAGUAUUACCUCUUGAAAUAUCCGCGCUUGAUAAGGGGAUAACUUAAUGCUUUACUAACACCUUCUACUCGUAGCUUAAGCUUUCACGACUAUCCAGUAUAGAAUUGCAAAAAUAACUGACUAGGAUUGUUUUUGUUUUUAGCUUGAGCCAGUGACAAUAUAUCUAAACCUGUUGAUGUGAAAUGGCGUGCUAGUAGUACAGUAGUCCCAGCAUUUAAGAGCAAAUAUUUGGAAUAGGUAUCGAGCUUGAACCCCUCGUUUUAGUACACAGUACGUGUUACUGUACGCUGAAAUGAUUGAACACUUUUUAUGAUUACAAUUCCAGUAACUCUUCCGAUACGUUUUAGAUAUAGCUUGUCAAUCAUUUUAACGUCAGACUCGCAAACGUUAAAAACAUUAAGGACUCUCCUUAUCUGUAAAAUGAAAACUCAAUUACCGCAUCACUCGUGUUCUAUAAAGCUGACUUGAAUCAUAGGCAAAAAUUUUGCUUUAUGCAUUUGUGUUUCAAGCGCCUGAAUAAACUUUAUAAAAGGUUGGAAUGGAGUGAUGUUUCGGAACCCAGUGUAAGAUGUAUACCAAUUUUGAAACUUGUAUACCAUUAAAGUAUACUACCAUUUGUAUCGUGCAUUACUUACUGUAUAUCUGAUCUUUUUUGUUAACUGGUGUCUAGCAGCUGACAGUACAUUAUCUUGAAAUCCUAAGUGGUUUGACAUGCAAUAAAGCCGUAAAACGGGUGUCAGAUUUUUGUUAAAAAUGUAACACUUGGGACUUUAAGAUAAUAAUGUUAUUUGAUGUUUGAAAAAGCAAUGGUGCAGCUCUAGCAUUUUAUUUGGUGAAGGAAAGGUUCUUACGCACAAGGGAUCUGAGUAUAGAAAUGGAGUAGAGAUAGAUUAUUUUGGAGCUGCAUUGUGGCAGUUGUUUUUUAUUUCAGAUUUUUAUUUUUAAUGUUCCUUGUAGGACUAGUUUCAUGCGAAAUCGACAAACACGGAGCCAAGAAUUCUCCCAAAAUCAUUAAUUUGAUCACUUCGUCAGGAAUUUGUUUUGUUAAUAUUCUUCAACUAUGUAUAACUGAGAAUCAUGUUGAUUUCUAUUGGAACAGUCACUUUUAUAAUAGAGCAGCUUUUGUUAUUUUAAGCACAUAUUGAGAUUUUAUUAUAUUUGUGAUUUCUUUACAAGACUUGUACCAGUUGAUUUCAAAGACCGUUUACAGUACUUUAGGUAAGGAUAUAUGUUGUGAAUUUUAAAAUAGUAUUUUGUAUUUUACUUAAUUUUUACGUUAUAUCUGUAUUUUUAGAGAAUAC